AUGGAAGGCUACCCCGACCAGCGAGCCGACCCCGCGGGCCCGCCGCAGCGUCGGCGGCUCGUUCUGGACCCCCGCAACGAGGCCAAGGCGCGGCAGGCCGCCCAGACGGCAAAGAGCAGCAUCUUCGGCGAGGCAAAGCCGCGGGAGGAGGUGCUGGCCAAGCGGACGGGCGUGGCGGAGUCCGAGAUACUGCGCCAGGAGGCGGAGCACGAGAGGCUGCACAUUCGGCUGUCCCCUCAACAGCUCUCUGACCAGAGGGAGGCAGAGGAAGCCGUGGCAGAGGUGAGAAGGAGCUUGGAGCAGGCGACAGACGAGGCAGCAAUCAGCGCGCUGAAGGUUGAGUUGGGUCGGCGCCAGCAGGAGCUGGACAGCUUGCUCCUAUCCUUUGAGAAGCAGGCUGUCGAGAGAGCCCACGCCGGGGGUGGCAUCCGGCCGUCUGAGCGGCAGCGACUGGGCACCCUGCGGGAUUUCGACGAGGGCGAAGAUGGCGGCAGGCACGCAGGAUACGGUGGGUCGCCCCACGGUGGGCAGCCCAGAGGGUUCGCGGACUACGGAGAGCCCAGAGACAGCUAUGGGCAAAGUGCUUCUCAACCCCACAGGGGCGGCAGCGGGAGGUUCGAUGAGUACGGCACCAGCCAGGGCAGCGGAAGGGGCAUUUAUGACGACUUCGGGGGCGGCGAAUGUGGGUCCUGCACCAAAUUGAAUUUUAUAUUUAGUCACGUGACCUUUGAGUGGAUAAACCAGCUUAAUGGCAGUUGCGCCAACUCAUAG